AUGGGACGUGUAUAUGAAUAUCGUCCUGAUUCUGAUGAUGUAUUUGAAAGUAAAUUACUUCAUGCCAUGAAAGAAGAUGGUAGAGUAGAUUUUAAUGUUCGAAAUUUACCUGAUGUCUGUGAUAAAUGUUCUAUACCAAUUAAUUAUUGGGACUAUAUGACAAAGUCAAGUCCAAAUGGAAAACAUUGGAGUUACCAUAUUGAUAGGAUGAUAAAAAAAGGUUAUUUAAGAGCUAGAAAAUAUAAAGGUGGUAAUCCAAUUGAAUUUAGUGUUAUAAAUAGUGAUUCUAAACCAAAAAAAAAUGAAAAACAGCCACUAGAAUUUAAUAGAAAAUUGAAUACUUUAUUUAUGGAGCAACUUUUUCAUAUACUUCUUCACAAAAAUAUUGAUAUUAUUAAUGUUGAUUCUAUUCCAUCAUACUGUAAACACAAUAAUGUCAGUUUAAAUUAUUGGGCAACAAUUAAAGGAAACAAAGGAAUUCUUAAGCAAUAUCUUAAAUGUAUGGAAGAUAAAAAUAUGCUUCAAAUUAUUGAACUUGAUAAAUAUAAAUUUCCUCUUAAAAUAAAAAUCAAUCGUAGUAGAGAAAGUGUAAUUCGUCAUGUAGAAGAUGUAGAUCGUAAUAGUACUAAAGAAAAUUAUAAACAAAAUCAAAAUGUUUCUACAAUUAAUAAUUCAAUUUCUUCCUAUGAAAAUAUUUUGUAUUCUAAUAAUAUGUAUGAACAAAAAGAUGAUGAUGUUUUUAUUAAUACGGAGAUGAUGGAUAAUAAUAAUACUUUCCUAUCACCUAAAACAUCUUCAAAUAAUAUUGAUCAUGUAUUACAAAAUAAGAAUGUAUUUGCAUCUAUAAGUUCAUUAGGAUUACUUGAAGACUACAACUUUGAAAAUGAAAUAGAUCCAUUUGAAGAACGGUCUUUUGUUAAUCAAUAUAUGCAAUCAAUUUCUAGUGGUUAUAAUUCAUUAUAUAAUAUUUCAUCUUCAACUGACUUAAUUACUCCAUUGGAUUUUAAAUGUUCUCUCUUUUCUUGUAUGGAAAAAGAUAUAUUUUAUACAAUUGAAGCUCUUCAAGAUUCAUUUAGAUGUUACUAUGGUUUAGAAUUAACUACAACAAUGGUAAAUGAAAUAUUUCAUACAAAAUGCCCUUCAUUGGAUAUAGCUAUUUAUUCUAAUAUAAACUGUAUCAUUUUAAAAAAAUCAGAAGAUGGUACUGUAUCAAUUUGUCGAUACUAA